UUCAUUGAAAUUACUACGAUGUUUCUUUGACGGAUAAAUUAUCCAAAUUUCAAAAAAGUCUAUUAUCAUUGACCUUAUGAUGAGCUCCAUCAUCCAUUUCAUUGAAAUUACUACGAUGUUUCUUUCAUGGAUAAAUUAUCCAAAUUUCGAAAAAGUCUUAUUAUUGACAUUAUGAUGAGCUCCACCAUCCAUGUGAGUUGACACACUUACAUUAGUGGUGAGGUGCAAUGCGCAGAGAGCCUUUCCGUUUAUUUUAUUUGUUUAAAUGAACAGUUGCCAAGCAACUUCACUUCACCACACAAACAUUAUUUAACAAGUUUGGACCCAUUGCAUUGGGUCUUUAAAUAAUAUAUUUAAGAAAGCCCAAGUCUAAAACAAUCUUUUAUGAUAUCUACAAAGCUUUCUAUCUACACCUCAUUACCCACAAAACUUCUCAACUCAUGACAAGGAGCUUCUCUCACACACUUUUGCCCCUUUUUAUAAAGCGCGCCAAAAACCUCUGUUCUAUUCUAUCACACCAAACCUGAAUUAACUACCAAAGACUCUUCUUCUCCCCCCUCACUGCUCAUAAUAUUCCUUUUCCUUUGUCUUCUUAUUAGGCUGCAAAGAUGUUGGACAUAGCGUAUGAAUUGGUGGGACAAGCCACGUCGAACUCGCUUCUUAUGUUCUGUUUCUGCAACCUCAUCAUAGUAAUAAUCAUCACUGGAUCAUCAAAACCCGGGUCUACGGAUUCUCAAGAUUACUCAUUUACUAACCCUGUGAGCUUCAACAACCUUUCUUCUGAAGAUCAUGAUUGUUGUGGUGACAAUGAUGAUCAUGAAGAGAUGAUUGUCAUUGAUGUUCAAGACGAGUCUCUGACCGAUCCCUCCAGCAUUCCAGACGAAUUUGAGGACAAAGAAAGCUGCCAAUGUUGUCAUGAUGAUGAUGAGGAGGACGACGAGGAUGAUGAUGAUGAGAGUAAUGAGGAAGAUGUUGAAGAGGAAGAAGAAGACGAUGAGUUAAGAAAAAGAGCAGAAGAGUUUAUAGCAAAAGUCAACAAUGAAUGGAAGCAUGAGAAGCUUAGAGCUUUGAACUUAGUUUAUUGAUUUUGAUAAAAAAAUUAAACCGUUAGACAUACUUUUUUUUUUUUACCUUUGUGUAACUUUGUACCAUAGUUUUUUUUCUAAGGUUAAAUAAAGUGUGACAUACUUUAUUUCCAUUUAAUCCUAAGAUUUUCAUACAAACAG